UUUUCGUUUUAAGUUUUACCGGGGUGAGCAUUAUUUUCUGUUCAUCUCGUUAACUGUUAAAUAAGAAAGUAUCCAGUUCAACAAGUGAACAAUCUACGCUUCAACUAUUGGAACUAACUAAUCUGCACAUUGUAAGACAGCCGACACACGACGUUCUAAUGUUCCGCUGAAUCCCGCACGUCGGCUUCCUUGCUACGGGACAAAGAUGUACUGGUCAGCCGCAGUAAAUUAUUGAUCUUAAACUUGUCCACAUAGCUUUUAGAUUUUUUUGUCCCCCCCAAAAGAAAAAUUUAGAACGAGACCAAACUGUACAAGUGCUACCCAUAUUAUUCGAUUCGUUUGCAAAUAUUUUGGUUGGAAAAUAAUUCUACUUGGUAAUUGUAAUUGAACAUAUAAUAUAUAAAUAUAAAACAAGAAGAUACAGAACAAUGGUGGGGCUCGGAAAGAUGUGUCCACAGCUAUAUAUCAUGCGACCUGUAGCACGACUAUCAUUCUAAUUGCGUGUUUCCAAUAAGCCGUCUCUUUCUUUUUCUUAAAGGAGUUAACAAAUUUACUCGGUGAAAAUAUUUGUCACCUGCACGAAAUUUAGUCACUUUUAAUCCAACUUAAUACUUGUUAAGUUUAUUAUUUCUAAAUUCAUUUCAAUUAUUACAUUUCAUUCUUUAUCCUCCAAUUAAAAAACUAUUAGCACCGGAGUGAAGUGGGAGAUUUGCUGACAGCCAUGCUUGAGUGUUCUAAGAUGCUGUAAUGGUAUUCUAUUAUUACUACUAUUAUUUACCCAGGAUAGCCUCUUCAGUUUCUAUGCGAACUGUUAUCAAUGAGGUUCCUGAGAAGGGAGUCCUAGUGCAUUUGAAGCUCCCAUUUAAGCUACGGACGGCGUGCAAACACAACAACUGCUCAACUAGACAACCGCCUUAGACAUGAAUCCUAUUCUCAUACUGAACGCUAAGAAGAAAGAAUAGUUGCAUACUUUCAUAGUCUCUGGCAUAACUCGGUCUGGGUUUGAACCCAAGACCUCCCGCACUAAAGGCGAACGCUCUACUACAAGGCCACCAGUCCGUGUAUAGUAUUUAUUAUUAUUUACUUAUUUCAUUUAUGUUGGUUACUAAAGUGAAGAGCGAAUCCUCGCUUCCUCCCCUAAUCCACCUCGAGGUUCUGUAUAAAAUAUGCUAGAAGUGAAAGUGUGCUAGAUGUUUUUCGCAUCAUUUACCCUUUUAUAACUACUCCCUAUGGUUCACGAUAACUUGUUACGAUCUUUUAUAAAAACUGCGAUAUAAUUAAAAAAAUAUUUUUGAGCUAAAAAAUGGCUAUAUUAUAAUUUGAUUGGUUAUUCGUCUGUUUGAUAGGUUUAUAGUAGUUAUAAAAGGGUGAUCUAUGCGAAAAACAUCGAUCGGAACAAAGUGUGUGCUACAGCCAACAGGUGGUUACUAUGGUGUUGCUAAGGAGAUAUAUGCUUCCUAAGCAAUAAAAUACAGAGCAGAUUUAAAGAAGUAUCACUAUAUCAAAGGACGUCAUUUUCGAUCCCAAUGACGUCAUUAUAUUAUUUUCAUUAUCUUGCACAUUUUUAAAUGCAACAUUCUAAAUAUGUAGCUAGCUACCAAGUAUAACGGCAUGGACAUCAAUACCUGUAGAAAAUGGAACUUUUUACUUUUAUCGUUAAAAAAAGAAAAUCUGGUAUAAACAUGAAAUCAUUUCCGAUCCCAAUGACGUCAUUAAAAUGUUUUUUUUGCUAUUUAGUCAAUAGAGCUACUCAAAAUCAAGUUGAGGAAUUCAAAUUUAUUGUAAAAUUGGGAAAAAGGCUUACUUUAGGGCAUCAUUUAUUACCCCUAUAACUUCAUCAAAUUAUUUUUAAACUGAAAUCUUUCUACAAAUUUGCCAGAUUUUAUCAUCUAAGCAUAAGUAGUCCAGAAUAAUAUCUGGCGGGCACGUUAUCCCCCCUUUGAUGCUACACUAGACCAAAACAAGCCUGGUGUUUAUUGGGGGUAAAACUUUUAAAUAAUAGCCCCACCCACCCAACUUUGUAUCCUCCUUUUUGAUGCACGAGAAAAGGAGAAGCAAAGUCAACAAAAAACUAACGUAGGUAAAAAUGGGCUCAUUUUUUUGUUUAUUUAUUUUUUUAAAAGAAAAGGAAAACAUGUUUUUUGAUUGAAAUCAAGAUUAAAAAUUUAUUAUUUUGCCACAAAAUUUAUUUAGUCACACAAUAAAAAGAGUAAUGUUAAUAAAAUAAAUUGUUUAAAAUAAAAUAACAAAGAAAGAAAAGUGACGAGAAAGUUCACAAUUGCUUUUUCAUUACUCUACAGGGAGUUGGAAGAAAAUAAUACAAAACGUAAACAAAUUUCACGAAGUUGGUUAGAAUGCUUGUAGCAAAAUUGAAAGAAAACCAAUCUACACCCCCAAAAUAACAUACUGAAACAUCAUAAUAAAAAUAAUGAAAUAAAAAUUAAUUUCUUCUGUGAAUUUUCCUAAUAUGUUGCACGUUGGCUUCUAUGUGCUCCCCCGUUGUAUUUAAACCCAGUUUAAAGCUCGUUGAACGUAUGUACUAUCUAUUUUUAAAGGAGGAGAGCCAGUACGACAAUUCAUAAUAAUUAACACUUUUUUUAAGCAACAACAAAUAUAUACAAGUUUCAGAUUUUUCCUCAUAAGUCAGAUUUAUAUUUGCCACUAUCAUUGAGGUUAUGAGGAAUUUUUUACAAGAAUGUGGCUAUUCUCGGCUAACAAAUUUACGUCAGAAAACAGUGACGAUGAUUUAAAUCGCAAGUCAAUGGACAGUGAAGAAGAAAAAGAAGAAGAAGAGAAAGAAAAUAUGGGAAUUGAGAAAAAGCGUCGUGCGUAUAAAACACUGGAAGAACUUAUACAACCUAUGUCUAGCAAAUACAACCUCAACGAUGAAAUCAAGAAGCUUGAAUAUAUCACCUGCUGUAUAGGUGCCUGUAGCCCAAGAAUUAAACGAUGGAUUCGAUUAUCAGGUAUAGGAUUAUGGGUCCUUAGUUUGUUGUAUCACUUUGCAUCCGAUAUCUAUGAAUCAAUCGUCUUUUAUGGUUAUACAUUCCUCGCUGUGCAAGCAGUCUGGUUUUCGGCGUUUAUUCUUUUAACUUGGGCGACUGCAUUUCGAACCUUGCCGUGGUUAGAAGAAGGCUUGAGAAAUAUGAGAAGAAAUGAAUGUUAUGAAAAGUCAAUCACAGAAAUGGUGGUUGUUUUGAAGAAAAUACCUUAUAUCGCACUCGUAUUUGGAAUUAUUUCUUCGGCUAUUCAACAUGGUGUCAUGGCUAAAGAUGGCGGCUUGCAUGUGGAUUAUGGUUUGAAUGCAACAGCGCCUAUUCAAGCCUUGUUUCACACAGUCCGCUUUGUAACGGGUGUACAUAUUUACUUUGCUUACAUGCUGUUCUGGGUUUUACCCACCGCCAUCAUGCUGAUGACUGGUUAUGCAAUGACGGAGUUCAUGGAUCAAAUGAGCGUGAAAAUGAAAGAUAAAACGCAUGUGUUAACUUUUAAAGAAGCAAUUUCAACAUAUUCCAGUCAAGCACAAUUUGUGAAGCAAUCUUCUUCAAAAUGUCUCGUGGUACUGACGACACUAUUAUUCACAGCUGUAAUUUGUUUUGGUUUAAACGCUUACUUGUUUUUAUUCAUCCAAAGAAGAUACAUUCACUUGUGGCACUCCCUGUUACCUGCAGCUGUUAUGAUCUAUCCACUAUGUCAAGCUGCUUGGGUGACUAAAAAAUAUCGCUGGUUUAUUAUUGUUGUUGUGCGAGCUUGGGUACAUCGAGACGAUUUAGAUGAAACGAGCAGCGAAGAGGAUUCUGGGAUUGACGAAGUUGAAAAAAGUCCAAAGAAAACAUCUUCGAAUUUGCCAACUUUGCCGAAAUUUUCAAAAAAGAGAAAACGCGAUCAGGAACAUAAAGAAAUAUCUAAACUGAAAAAAAACAAGAAGACACAAGGCGUUGGGCGCGUUCAUUCAGCAGCAAGAGGGCGCUUAAAAAGAUCAUCCUCCCUGGGGGCGACUACUGACCAGUUAGCAAGUAUACUAAAAAAGAAGCACAGUUUGUUUCCAUGGCAACGAGAUUUGGAAAAUCUUAACGCGGAGUCAAAUGAGAAAACACAAAAUUCUUUUGCUGGAACUGUAGGUGCCGCAAAAGCAAUCGCAAAAUUUCGAAAAAAUGCGAAACAACCUCGGUUUAAUUUUGAGAAAUUUUUAUCGUAUUUGGAAAGUAUGCGGUCCGUGGUUGGAUUUGAAAUUGCAGGUAUCAUUGUGACAUGGGAUCUGGUGUCGACAAGUUUGUUUUUAAUGUUCUCCAUCAUUGCUGUUUUUAUGCAGGAAUCGAUUUUCGGCUCACAAAAGAGCACUUUAUAAUAACGGUUACGCGUGGAUGGGUACAUUGAUUAUCAACCAGUACGAUAUAAUUUUUUAAAUUGUUCAGUCUAGCUCGACUUGUUAUGGUUAAAUAAACGCCUAAGUGUUUAGGCAGCAGCUCUUAACGUCGAUUAUCUAGGCAUACCUUUCAAACCUUAGUGCUUAUACUCACAAAGUGUCGGUCAACCUCGUUCCCAGGGCAUUUUGCCUUGUUGAUGAAGUUGAUAGCGGCGAAAAUUGUUGGCCACUCCGUAAUAAACGGCUCAAGGGCCACAAGACCCUGGGGACGAGGAUGAGCGUCGGUAUACGAGGCAAGAUAACUUUCAAUAUUUGCAGUUGUCCACAGCCAAACAUUCAGCAUCAUGUAUAUCGGGAAUAAUAUGCAUUGAAGACGUGAAACUGCAAACAAGAACGUUUUAAUGGUGGCUGGCACGUGAAUGUUACCGAGAAUGUCAAAGUUUAGCCAAAUUCCAAGAUAAUGACCGCCGCAUUAGUCAUCAAUUUUCGUCAGGAAAUAGCUCAUUUUGUGGUAGAUCGUUUAAUGUUGCAUUCAAGUUAAAAGUUGGGUCCAGAAACGCAGGAAAGGGAGUUAUACAUAUACCUUUUUGAUAACUGAAACACGAUUUGUAGAAAGAGAUACGUAAUUUCAACAGCUAAAUCGUUCAAUAUUGAAAAAAAUUAGAAAAUAAAUUUAUUACUUCACAGGUUCGUUAGUGUUGAGGGCUAAACCCAAAAACAUGAUUCCUCUAUUGAAUACUUAGGUAUCAUAUCUCUCAACCUUGUCCCAAGGGCAUUUUGCAUUUUUGAUGAAGUUGAUAGCGUCCACUCUGCAACGGCUAAGGGGUAAAAAGAUCCUGGGGACGAGGUUGCAUAUCUUUGAAAUCACAACACUCACAAACUCUCUAUGUUUAGCUUAUAAAGGACAAAUUAUUACAAUCAAUUAUUACUGUUAUACAUAUGAUUAAAGUGUGAUAAAAAGGCAAUGAAAAUCUUUUAUCUUGCACUCCUUAUUUUUUUGUCUAGCUUUUUCUUUCAAGCAACUAUAAUUAAUCACCAUGGAGCCCCAACAUCCAUUCCUAGAAGCAACGUGCUGAAGAAAACAAUACGUACUUGAAAGAAAAAGCUAGACAAAAAAAUAAGGAGUGCAAGAUAAAAGAUUUUCAUUGCCUUUUUAUCACACUUUAAUCAUAUGUACAACAGAGAAAAUCAAAUUCACAACAUUUAUUUUGUAAAAAAAAAAAA